ACCACCACAGAUAACCUGGAAGUUGGUAACGGAAUAACUGUGUGUCUAGACGUUCCUGACUCGGUGACUUCAGUUAAAGGUCGUAGAUCCCGGUGAUAUUUCCAGAGGGGGUAGUAACUGGAGCGAACAAAUAUUUUCGUACUGGGCCAUCGGGGAGAGGGGAUGGCAAAUAACGGGAAUCUAUUGUCUCAUUUCUCUGCAAUUCUUGGUGUUCCGGAACACUGGAACAGGUGUCACUCUCUUUCCGGCCUUUGGUUGCGUUAGAGGGUAUUGACUUUCGUUCCGCGUUCUUGUUUUUCUUUGUGUUGUUGCUUACUACCAAUAGUUGCCAACAUGAAGAGGUCGAGGACAAGCGAAAUGUGGUCAUAUUUCGAAAUUCUUGAUCGAGAGUUUGCGAAAUGUACUUUGUGCGGUAAGAAAUUAUCGUACAAAUCGACGACGACGAAUUUAAAGAAACAUCUCCAGAAAUCACAUUUAAUUGUGGAUUUCUCUUCACAAAGACCUUCGGAGCUAGAUUUGGGUGAAUCCCUUCCUGUAGAGGUGAUCCUUGGCACCAGUAGUGUGGAAGAGGAGCGAGCUGCUCCAGCCCCCUCAAUGCAGCAAGGUGUUCAAAGUUCUAUGACAUCGUACCUCUCCAAAAGGAUCGGAGUGAAUCAGAAAAAGAAGAUAGAUGAGCAACUUCUUCAGCUGUUCACUAAAGACUUCCAACCAUUUUCAGUCGUUGAAGAUUCGGGGUUUCGGGGUUUUGUGCGGGCCCUUAAUCCUGGUUAUGAGUUACCAAGCAGGAAGCAUAUUUCAGAUGUAAUGCUGCAAGCAGCAUACACAGCAGCAAAAGAGAAAGUGGUAGACAAACUGUCAGCUGCGAAGACAGUUUGUUUGACCACAGAUUGCUGGACAUCGGCAGCAAAUGAAGGUUACAUGGCGGUGACAGGGCAUUUUGUGUCUGAAGAUUUCACCUUGCAAUCGGUGUUGUUAGGAUGUUCCCAAUUGUCUGGUGCACAUACUGCUCCAAAUCUGUCGGCAUCUCUAAUAGGCACGACAGAUAACUUCAGGCUGACAGACAAAGUUUUGCUGGUUGUGACGGAUAAUGCACCAAAUAUUAAAAAUGCAGUAUCCAUUUUAAAGUGGAAACACUUUGGGUGCUAUGCACAUACAUUGAAUCUUAUUGUUCAGAAUGCACUAAAACAUUUUGUGUCAAUUCAGCAGAAAGUGAAAACUAUUGUAGCAUUCUUCAAGAGAAGCUGCAAGGCAACAGAAAGACUGCUGACAUACCAACAAAAUAAUGGGGCAGGUCAUGUUAAAAAACUGGUGCAGGAGGUGCCAACAAGGUGGAACUCUACUCUGUAUAUGUUGGAGCGAAUAGUUGAAAUUAAAGAUGCAGUGAAGACUUCACUUGUACUAUUCACAGUUGAUUUUGAACAACUUACCGACGAGGAAUGGAACAUCUGCUCAGAACUCUGCUCUGUGUUGAAGCCAUUUGCACAGGUUUCAACACAGCUUAGUGCUGAGUCAUAUCCUACUGGCAGCCAAGUUAUUGUUCUGACAAGGGGAUUAUUAUCAGUGUGUGCAGAACUUUUGAAACGGCCAUUUAACAGUGUGACAAGGACUAUCAUUGAAGAAUUAACAAAAGGCCUGAAGGACCGUUUCCACAAUGUAGAGAUGAGCAAAUCUAUAGGAGUAGCCACUCUACUAGAUCCACGGUUUAAAUCUCUUGUGUUUGAAAGCCGAGUUGCAGCAGAUAACGCAAAGAAACAGCUUAUUGAACUAGUAGCACAAAAGAUGGGUGACAGAAGACUGACAAACACAGGCCAGAGCCAUGAAACUGUGUCAACUUCAACCACCACUGAUCCCUUGUCAGUAUGGGGUGUCUAUGAUGCAAUUGUAAAAUCAACACAGCCCCAGGGCACUCCUCAGUCAGCUGCUAUUGUGGAAGUACAAAGGUACAUGGACAGCCCAGUUAUUAGUAGAAGUGAGGAUCCACUGGCAUGGUGGCGUGAAAAUCAAUAUAUUUUCCCACAUAUUGCUAAAGUGGUGAGGGAAAAAUUCAAUAUAGUGGCCACUUCUGUGCCGUGCGAAAGAAUAUUUUCUAAAACUGGUAUCAUUAUAAAUGAAAGGCGAACACGGCUGAAGGCGUCCAAAGUUGAAAAACUUAUAUUUCUAAAUAUGAACAGUACUAACUCCUGAAUUUCCUGUUACAGGUGGAUUCGAGAGGCACACCAACACCAGCAGAUGAGUCUCAGUUUAAUACUUGGGAUAUUAUAACAGUAAGUUAUAGCUCCAGAAGUCAGUCACCAGCAGCAGAUGUCACACAGUUAUAAAAUGGGAAACUUGAAGAAUAAGCUCCAGAAGUCAGUCACCAGCAGCAGAUGUCACACAGUUAUAAAAUGGGAAACUUGAAGAAUAAGUUAUAGCUCCAGAAAACCGCCACCAGCAGCAGAUGUCACAGUUAUAAAAUGGGAAACUUGAAGAAUAAGCUCCAGAAGUCAGUCACCAGCAGCAAAUGUCACACAGUUAUAAAAUGGGAAACUUGAAGAAUAAGCUCCAGAAGUCAGUCACCAGCAGCAGAUGUCACACAGUUAUAAAAUGGGAAACUUGAAGAAUAAGUUAUAGCUCCAGAAAACCGCCACCAGCAGCAGAUGUCACAGUUAUAAAAUGGGAAACUUGAAGAAUAAGCUCCAGAAGUCAGUCACCAGCAGCAAAUGUCACACAGUUAUAAAAUGGGAAACUUGAAGAAUAAGCUCCAGAAGUCAGUCACCAGCAGCAGAUGUCACACAGUUAUAAAAUGGGAAACUUGAAGAAUAAGUUAUAGCUCCAGAAAACCGCCACCAGCAGCAGAUGUCACAGUUAUAAAAUGGGAAACUUGAAGAAUAAGCUCCAGAAGUCAGUCACCAGCAGCAAAUGUCACACAGUUAUAAAAUGGGAAACUUGAAGAAUAAGCUCCAGAAGUCAGUCACCAGCAGCAGAUGUCACACAGUUAUAAAAUGGGAAACUUGAAGAAUAAGCUCCAGAAGUCAGCAGCAGCAGACAUCACACAGCCAUAAUGCGAGAAGCUUGAAGAAUAAUGUGGUAGUGGUUUGAAUACAUAUGACAUAUUUCACCUUCAGUUUAAAAUUGAAGUUUGUUUAUAUUGGCAGGUGGUAACUCGGAGCUCUUUGUUCCAGUUAUGGCUCCGAUAGUCUUCCAGCAGCAGCAAAUGUUACACAGUCCUAUAGAGGCAAACUUGAAGUAUGAGGUAAUAGUGUCUUGCAUAGAAUGGCAAACUUGACCUUUCACUUAAAAUGGAGGUACAUUUGCACUGAGUUUAAUGUUAUGACACGUGAAUGGAUUACCAGUGAUGUAUAUGUAAAUACUGGAAUUUGUAACUUAGAACUUAAUUUCAGUAUCGGCUUUGAAAUUUGGUCACUGGAUACAACUAUAUUAUCUUUCAUGUUGAUAGCAGCAAUCAUCAGAUUGCAAUCCAGUUUAGUACCUGUGAGGCAUGAGAUGUCAAAAAUACUUGUGGGUUAUUGGUAGCCUGUGUCGAGGCAUGUGGCACCUCAAAGUUUGUAAGUACAGUAGCAUUUUGUUUUCUGCUGUACUUAAAAAUUGUUAGCUGUAGCACCCAUUCUGACAUUUAAUUAUUUUGAAUUUCAAGUUUCUUAAAAUAAUACUGACAUCAGUUUCAUGUGUGUUAACACUAAUCCAUAUAUUAUUGUUAAUAUGCUAUUUUCCUCAGAUAUUAACUGAAAUUGUUUUAUUAUAAUGAUAACAACACUUCAGCCUUUGUAGACUUGCAGUAUAGGUUACCUGCUGAGAAAUAUUUACUGGAAGAAAUGGUUUCUUUGAAUAGGACCGAAAGGAAUACCACUGAAAAUGCCAAAUGUGAAUUGGUGAAACCUCUUGUGCUCAAUACUAAAUUUCAUUUGCAAAACACAUAAGUUUUCCUAUCUUUGUGGUGGAACACAACAAACUCUCAUAAUUUUGCUAGUUUGUAUUCUAGAAAGGGUGCCAGAAAUGGAAGAGUAUAAUUUUUAUUAAAUCGGGCAUUAAAUGUAAGUACGUUGGAGUACAGAAAGGGUGCAACUGGCCUUUCCCACUGUAGCCUGAUGUGCUCCAACAUGCAUUUGUACUGAUGUGCAGGUGGUUAUAACACUAGUAUCAAACUGCAUGGUACCCACUUACUAAUGUGACCUACCCUUGCAUGAUCUGCUGCAGACAGCAAGAUAUCCACUACUGCUCUUACUACCUGUCCAACAGUUGUGGAGGAUUUUUUACCCUUGGUGCUUGCCAUGACAUGUUUUGCCCUCUGCCCUUAAAAUCUCAAUUCUUGUUACAUUUUUCAUCCAUUUUCUAUCUCCUGAUGGACCUGUAUUGAUUAAAAAACUAAUCAAUGCAGAGGUGAUUGUAGAACUUUUGUUAGUGGCAGUGUGGAGGGGCUCCACUCUUUAAAAAAAUGAAAUUACAUUGUGGGACAUGGAAUUAUUAUUAGAGGCUUUCAUGGACAUUUUGUUUACUUAAAAAGUCAGUCAUUAUGCGAGGUAUUUAAAUGUUAACUUCAAAUCUAAAACUGCAUCAAAAGAUAAAUUUCAGUAAGUCUUUAGCAAGUUUCAGUAUCUUACUUCACAUGCUGGACCCUCCAACUAUAAAAAAGUGUUUUGCAGAGAACAGCUAUUCAGAUGUUAACAUCCCAGAAUUUGUGUAAAAGAUAUCCCUUACAUUGUUAGUUUCAUUGUGGUCACACUCUAGUGUUGUUUUAUCAGCAUACAUUUAGAAGUUUGAAGAACAUAUUAAAUUAAUUGCUAGACAUGCCUUAAGUGAAUAUGUUUACUACUAAUGUGAGUCAGCUAAGUAGUUGAUGCAAGUUUUUAUGUUGUUUCUAAAGUGUCUUUAGACAAGGAUAUUUCUGCUGUUUGUUUCCUGCUCUUCUGUUUCAGAUAACUUCUCAUAUAUGCAGCAACUGCUGAAGCAGCCUCUGGCAGUUUAUUGAAGUUCCGUGAACAAAGUGUUGUGUGGUCUGUUUGUGUAAAGUGAUAAAGAAAAAUGUUAAAGUGUAAUUGCAUAUAUAUUUAAUCAUUAUUUUUGCUAGUGGUAAGAUCUAUUUUCAUGUAAAUCAGAACAUUGUACAAUAGGUAACAACUGAAUGAGGCAGUGUAGCUAUUAACAGCACUGACCAUCAUAUUCAGGAGGAUGGGGUUCGCUCUGUCUGGCCAUCCUGAUUCGGGUUUUCCAUGGUUUUCCUGGAUCGCUAAGGCAAAUGCCGGGAUGGUUCCUUCAUCAAGGCCACGGCUGACCACCUGUCCCAACCUUAAAGAGAUCCUUUAAACAUUGUGUGUAUACCCAAAUUUUGAAUUAUUGAUGUUUGUUGUAUUAUGUUGAGAUAUUCUUGGAUGAAAUAAAAAAGUUCAUACAUUUGUA